UUUCUUGAAGAGAUAUUGCAUCUCGAAGGCAAGGGCAGCCUCAGGAACGCGCCGUGUUCUGGGUGCGGUGAUCUUUCCCCCAACUAUCGUUGUGAAGACUGUUUUGGUGUCAAUCUCCAAUGUUCAUCCUGUAUCAAAACUGCACACCAACUCCAUCCACUCCAUAGAUUGCAGAAAUGGAAUGGAAUGUUCUUUGAACGUAUCACCCUGAAAGCCCUUGGGCUCCGAAUCCAAUUGGGCCAUGCACCUGGUCAGGUGUGCCCCAAACCCCGUCGCGCCUUCAAUGAUGAUUUCGUUGUCAUGGAUUCUCAUGCUAUUCAUGAGGUAUCACUCGACUUCUGCGGUUGUUCAAAUGCAGUCGCACACGUACAACAACUUCUUCGAAUCUCUUGGUUUCCUUCCACGACGGCCAACCCUAAAACGGCAGCAACAUUCUGUCUCCUGGAGGAAUUCCAUAUAUUGUCUUUUGAGUCUAAGGUAUCGGCUUGUGAAUUUUACAAUGCUCUUAUGCAGAGAACCAACAACACUGGUCUGGCCCCUGUGAAGGUUAGUAAGCAUGUUGAUCAGCACGCUCGCAACAAAGCUAAUGCGAUCACAAAGUCUCGAUAUGAGUGUUUCAUAUGA